UGUUCGGUGAUGGAGCUGUGUCUUUAAGUGAGACAUUUAGUAGGCGUGCUUAUGGCUUGAACUGGCUUGAACUGAUGAAACAUGAGCAGCUCCAAGCAGUUCGCUUACUGGUACUUUUCGAGUUAGAGCGCUUAAUUGACGGCGUCAGCGCAAACGGAUUACAAUUUGGACAACGCGUUUUUCACAAAGAUGAAGAUGUACGAUCAUGCCCCCUAGAUAGCAUACUCUUCGCCUUGCUGGCUGACGGCCCCUCCGGAUUGGAGAGGAUGCCUCCCCGGAAGCGCACACGGCCCACCCUGGGCUUCCUGUGCUGCUUCAGCAGCAGUGAAACCCCUGAGAUCAACCUGAAAGACAGUGAACCACUGCAGCUGCUGGAGUUCAGUGCCCCCAUGCCCCCGGAGGAAGAACUGCAUGCCCGUUUCUCGGAAUUAGUGGAUGAACUGGAUCUCACAGACAAGAACAGGGAAGCCAUGUUUGCUUUGCCUGCUGAGAAGAAAUGGCAGAUCUAUUGCAGCAAAAAAAAGGUGAGUCCUUUCCAACAUAAUCAUAUUAGCCACUGGCCGUUCCUUACUCAAGCCCCCGGCUGUUCUUCACUCAAGCCGCUGGCCAUUCUUCACUCUUUGCAAGGAGAGUCUGGCACUUCUGACUCACGGGAUGGGUAG